UUGUUGUGCUAUGACGUAAGGAGAGGGAAAAUGGCGGAGGUAGCAGCCGCCGAGCGGGGGCAGUGAUCAACGCCAGAGCCCGGCACCAGGGAUAGGCGACAGGCCAAGGCCGGGAGAAGACUGGGUGGGGACCGUGUCCAUGGCGAGAACCACCAGCCAAAUGAACGCUUUGCUAAAGAUGUCGUUAUAUUCCUACCGUUCUGGUUUCUGAACCCGUUUCUUGAGGUACAAUCAACAAAAUUUCCCUGAGCGUGUACUUGUGGCCACACUAAGCUGUUUUACAGUGAAUGUUCUAAAGUGAGACUUGAACCCAGGCAUCAUGUGCUUCAAAGGAUAUUGUCACUGACAACUAAGCCACAGUGGAUACUGUGGCACAUAACAGAGGACAACUUGCAUAGAAGGUUGUGGAUUUUGGAAUUCUCUUCCCUAAAAGGCUGCAGUUACACAGCAUUGAAUAUAAAGAAUACUGAUUGCUUGUAUGAUGCUGUUCCCAUUCAGUCCAGUGUGGUCCUCUGCUCCUGCCCAUCUCCAUCAAUGGUGAGGAAUCAGACUGAUUCCAGCACACGGCCUGCUAUCUCUGGUAUCGCCAUGGACAGUAGUGCAGGUGAUACCGGACCACUGGUAAGCUCUUUACCACAGCACGCGGGACAACGGCAACAACCGACAUCACAGUCCCAGCGGCAACAGACAGCAGGGCACGCUCAACAGCCUCGGAAGAAACGGCCUGAAGACUUCAAGUUUGGCAAAAUCCUUGGGGAGGGGUCAUUCUCAACAGUUGUAUUAGCACGUGAACAAGCAACUGGUAAAGAAUAUGCAAUUAAAAUUCUGGAGAAACGUCAUAUCAUUAAGGAGAAUAAGGUACCAUACGUUACUCGAGAAAGGGAUAUCAUGUCUCACCUGGAUCACCCCUUUUUUGUAAAACUCUACUUCACUUUUCAGGAUGAUGAAAAACUCUAUUUUGGCCUUAGUUAUGCUAAAAAUGGGGAGCUACUUAAGUACAUUCGUAAGCAAGGCUCAUUUGAUGAGAACUGUACAAGAUUUUAUUCUGCUGAAAUUGUUUCAGCACUGGAAUACUUACAUGAGAUUGGGAUCAUACACAGGGACCUUAAACCAGAGAAUAUCCUGCUGAGCGAGGACAUGCACAUACGGAUUACUGAUUUUGGAACAGCAAAAGUAUUAUCUUCAGAUAGUACACAAGCAAGAGCAAAUUCUUUUGUUGGAACAGCACAGUAUGUUUCACCAGAGCUUCUGACAGAGAAAUCAGCUUGUAAAAGUUCUGACCUCUGGGCUCUUGGCUGUAUUAUAUAUCAGCUGGUAGCUGGAUUGCCACCAUUUAGGGCUGGCAAUGAAUAUCUCAUAUUCCAGAAAAUCAUUAAGUUAGAAUAUGAAUUCCCAGAAAAGUUUUUUCCAAAAGCAAAAGACUUGGUGCAGCAACUUUUGGUGUUUGAACAUACCAAGCGCUUAGGCUGUGAAGAGAUGGGAGGUUAUGGACUCCUCAAGGCACAUCCAUUCUUCGAGCCAGUUGCUUGGGAGAAUCUGCACCUUCAAAUACCCCCAAAACUCACCGCAUAUCUCCCGGCAAUGUCUGAGGAUGAUGAAGAAUGCUACGGCAAUUAUGAUGACCUUCUCAGCCAGUUCGGUUGCAUGCAGGUUGCUCCCUCCAGCUCGUCACAUUCACUGUCUACACCUGAGCCUAGCGCUCCCCAGAGGUCAGGCAGCAACAUCGAGCAGUACAUUCAUGACCUCAACGACAAUUCAUUUGAGCUGGAUCUUCAGUUUACAGAUGAGGAUAAGCGGCUACUGCUUGAGAAACAAGCCAACAGAAAUCCCUGGCAUCAGUUUGUAGAAAACAAUUUGAUCCUAAAGAUGGGCCCAGUUGACAAGAGGAAGGGUCUAUUUGCACGACGCCGACAAUUACUUCUCACCGAGGGCCCCCACCUCUAUUAUGUAGAUCCUGUCAACAAAGUUCUGAAAGGGGAAAUUCCCUGGUCACAGGAGCUGCGUCCAGAAGCCAAGAACUUCAAAACCUUUUUUGUUCAUACUCCAAAUCGGACAUAUUACUUAAUGGAUCCAAGUGGAAAUGCGCACAAAUGGUGCAAGAAAAUCCAGGAAGUGUGGCGACGGCGGUACCAGAACCAACAGAAUGCUGGCAUUUAGCACAGUGCAGCUGACAUGAAUAGAGAAGCUUCCCCUCACGCUGCUGGUGCUCCACGGUCAAGAACUUUAGCACAGCAUAAAAAGCCGCUCCACCCAUCCCUCCCCAUCUAUAUCUUUCCAUUUUUACUCUCUCUAUGUUCAUCCUCCUCCUUUUUCUAUCUCCUUCCCCUCCUUCUUAUUUCCAUUCACAUUGUCCCUUUCCUCCCCAGUUUAAAAAUAAACAGCCUAUAAACAUCCAGAUAAAACUUAUAUGGAGGUUGUGGUGAGGACAGGCUUGCUCCAACCAUUUCUCCUUCCUUCUUUCCAUUUAAAUGGGAUUGUGGGGGUUGCUUUGCCUGCUCUUUGUGCCGCAGGCCUGUUAUAUUGCGGUAGGAGACCCCUUGCCUCUUUGUGUAAUGUCUGCUCUUGUUCCAGGUUGCUGAAUAAUUGAUGCUUUUAGGGAAAAAAAAAAUGUGCAUUUAUAAACUGCAUCACAGUCAGAUUGCAAAGCUCAAUCGUGUGUGUACCCCGCAACCCCCAUUCCAAUUCAGGCAGCCCUUCAUUUACACUGGGCCUGACCUUCGUGAUAUUACCUUUUUAUUUUUUGUUUUACUUAAAUUAUUCAAGAGCUGUGUACAUUUUCACUUCUGUUCUUGCUCUCUUCUGGCCUCUGACUCCUGCAGCAUUGGUUUCCCAUUUGUACGAAUGCCAAGGGUAUAUAGUGGUACUGAGGAGUCGAUGUGCAUAUAAACACACCUAAACACAGAAGGAAAUCCCUUAUUUAUGCCUGACUUACUUUACCAGAGUGAAAUUGUAUUGAUCGAACUGUACAGCCCUGUCUUUGAAAGUUGGUUAUAGUUUGUCAAGAUACACACUCGAAACAGAAGAUGAAGUUUUGUAAUUAAUUGACCUGUUCUUAUUGAAGCAGCCCCAUGUGCUGUGAUAGAAUUCUGUACAUGUCUUGUUUUAUAUAAUUGUUUGCUCAUUCUGAUUCGUUUCUACAGCAGGCUGCUGUUAAGUUGUUGGCCAUAACCAGAAAGAUUGAAAUGAAUUUUUGGUCUUGGGCAGUCAGUGCAUUUCGCUUGGCUGAAGAUGUUGAUCUGAACGAACUGGGGUUCAACACUGCAAGGCACUGAAUUAAUGCACGCUUAAACCAGCAAGUUAUUUUGCUGCUUCCCUUAAAAUGAUUGAAGUAUCUAAAACUGUUUCAGUGAUGGUGCAAUACUCACUCGCUAAAAUUUUAUACUUGCUCCGUGCUAGAUUUCAGACAUGGAGUCAGGCUUGUGCGCAUCUGGAACUGGCUUGUGCAACCAGAUGUUCACUUUGCAAGUCACAGCAUUUUAUUUUCUGCUGUGACUGCAGUGACAGCAUAGUACAACAUAUGCCCAGGAUCUGUCUUUAGCCAAUGGUCCCUGCCCAAAGGGACAGGAUGUUGAAGGCAGCAAGGAUUUUGAGGUAAUUGGCUGUGCUCAAUGCUGCGCACAUGUACACUUGACUGGAUUUGAACGUACCCAGUCUGCUGUUGUGUAACUUCUGUAAAUUUUCUGUGUGUAUAAUAUAUAUAUAUAAAUAUAUUAUGUGUGUGUUUGCAGGGGGAGGGUUAGAAUUACACCUGGUACUUGUGUAACUGCAGUGAGACACUUCUGAGAUUCUCUCUAUUUUUGUGCAAUCGCAAGAGGAGAGAAGAAAUCCAUUUAAAGCAACAAAAGUCAUAACUGGUUGGGUCUGUCCCAAUGCUUCAUCUGUGAGUAGCUGAGCCACAAAUCCAGAGGCACCUGGCUUUAUCAUUGUCAAAAAGACCAACUUGGCCUUUGUAUCUUAGGGAUAAACAGUCCAAUUUCCUACUCUUGUUUGUCAUCCUGUCAGCAAAUGUUUUGGACUCUCCGGUGGCUCCCACUCCUCCCCACCCAACGUGGAUUACCUGCCAGCACAUCAUCUCACCUGCAGAGACUGGCCACCCAGACAAGGGCUGAAAGAGUGGGCUACUGAUCAUCAAACUAAGCUCUAUCAUAUUCCAUAUCCUUGGGAAGAGGACAAGAGUAACGCAGCAAAUCUGUCAUGGUGGUUUCAUGUACAUGUUGCAUGCCCAUGCCCAUGUCCAUGUCUUGGGUCAGUGCAAUCCUUAAAAACUGGAGGGUUUCGCCAAACUGGCUGGUGAUGUAUGUUUAGUAUAACAGUAUUGUGUUGUCUACAACAGAUGCUGUCCACAACAUCACAAAACCAACCACUAACUCAAUGGAAAAGUGAUUUUACGUAAAACAACAUUUCUGGAAUAUAUGUGGUGAAACUCUUCACACAUUCUUUGUUUUUGUUUUCCCUCCUUGAUUUGUUAUAGUCUGUACAGCUCUUCAUCUGUGUGGAUCAAACAACCUGGAUCUCAGGUGGGGAAUGCUGGCUUUCACGGUGAGCUGUCAUUUCAAACUUUCUGUACCUAGGAUACAAACAUUGUGGAUGAUGAAGGUCUGAAACUAAAACGAAUUACUGGAGAAACUCAACAGCUCUGGCAGCAUCAAUGAAGAAAAACCAGAGUUAACAGUUCCAGUUCCUUCCUGAGGAAGGGUUACUGGUCUCAACAUUAACUCUGCUUUUUUGCUACAGAUGCUGGCAGACCUGCUGAGUUUUUGCUUCUGCACCUGGGGUUGUGCCCAUCAGCUGCAUGUGUUCAACAGGUUGAACACUGCGGCAUCCAGCUUGUGGCUUUUAACCCAUCCAGGAUUUGGCUGACUUAAAAGAGUAGUCUUCAGUCAGUCUUCCAGCAACUGUCUAACUGAAGUAUAUCUCAUUACAGUGGAGGGUUGGGAUCCAGCUGUGGGUUGCUUCUGCUGGAAUAGAAACCACCUGUCACCACAAUCCGUCAUCUUGUUAUUUUCCUCCGUUCACCUAGAACAGCUUUCUCUGACCUCUUAAAACCUGAUCAGUUGGAACCUCAGGAAUUUAUGGCCUACGCUGUUACAGGAUUGCCUCAUGUUUUCUGUUGUAUCUGCACCUGAUGUACCAAGCUGUCAAAAUCUUCACCCAGGUCAAAGAGCCCCACUUCAUUACAGUUAUUGACUGAUCAGGAGCUAACCAAGUUUUAUUUUUGUAGAUGAUGAUCUUGGAUAGAUCUCUGAUAAACCACAGAAGUUUUAAUCAGAGUAACAUUCUACCAAACCCACUUUAAGCAGCAGAUGCAGCUACUGGUCCACGCGAGAUAACAUAAUCAUUCUAUGAUCUUGGUGUUUGUUUCGACAGAUCGAUGAUCGACAGUUUGCUUUUAACAGAUGAUAACUGCUCACUGUGAGAGUAUAAAACAUACGGGUCUUUUAUUCCUCAUAUUACCAUACAUGUGGAAGGUAACAAUUUCAAAGGGGUAGAAUGCAGCAAAGCUGAUAGUACAGUAAUACAGAUUUUGCAGUUUGGUGAAGAGAGGUAGGUACUGUACCUUGUAAAAAGACCAGUUGAUAAUGCAUGCAUUAGCUGCCUCACUAACUGCACUCAUAAAUAGAGCUUGCUGUAAUGCUGGGGACCUGUAUGUUAGUUAGUUAGUUAGUUAGUUUUUUUUCACGUCUUUCGUUGCCUGUGUAUACAUAUCAACCCUAUAAUGACAUUGGGUGAGAAAAUGAUUGGAGAGAGGCAACAGGAGCCCAGUACCUCAUCACUGUCCCAAAAAUGUAGUGUUAAAGCACCGUGGGCUAAGCACCUUGUGUUGUCACCUCGUGCAUAGUUUAUCAACCAAUGCCAAACAGAAGCAGCAAUGUUUCCUCCCCCUUACAUAUACUUUUUGUGGGAGUGUAAAUUGAGGAAUUGAUUGCACAUUUUGGCAUCAUUGAGGUGAACUUUGUGGAUUUAAUGGUCAAAACACCAAUUUGGCUGUUUGCUUAUGACUGUAUAAUUGGUGACCGCAUCCAUAGCUUGCUACCUUAAUCUGGGAGUCCUUUCUAAAUUGCUUGGUGAGCAUGUUUUUUGUGUACAAUGUGCUUUUCUUGUGAGUUCCAUUUUUAAUACUUCACGUUUGUGCAAAUCCAGAGCACUUAGCAUGUUUACAGUCCAAUGAGAAGUGAGUUAAUUUCAAUCUUGGCACUUUACAGCUAGUGCUUUGUCAGUGAGCAAGUGCAGAUUGUCUAAUAAAAUUCAUCACCCCUGUUCCUUUCCAGUCUGCCAAAUUUUCAACCUUAUCAUGUAGAAUUGUGACAUUGCUAUUUUCUGCAGCGCUAAUUCUGUAUCUCCUGAAAUCAAAAUAGCAUAUGUGUUUGGCACAUUUCAGACAUCAUUGUUGUAAUGAAUGCAGUAACCCAAUUUUGGGUUAGUGUCCAAAAUGUGGAGAGAGGACUUGCAGAUAAAGGGCAUUGAGCUCAUGUACUCUGAUAUCCCUCAUCGUUGAUCUCCAAAACCCUAGUGAGCAAUCCCAGGGAAGGAAUUCUCUCCCUCCCAAAAAUUCUUUGCCGCUUGCAUGUUUUGUCCAGGAUGGUUAAUCAUAUCAGCUGGUCACAUGGUGUCAAAAUCCUGUCUGGGUUAGACACCAGUGGCACUGAUACACAAAGGCAAUGGGCAAAGUGAAAACAGUCUGAAGCAAGAAAUGCAAUAUAUUAAACCACACACUUUAUUUUGUUUUUGUUUUAUUCUUGUCAAAUCACUUACUGGUUAAAGCUAGCGUGUAGUUCAGUCUGUUAUUUAAAUUCUAAUAUAUGAGUUGCAUCUGGAGUUAAUUCAUGUUCAGGGGCCAUGUUGUGUAUGUAUGUGAUGUUCAGCCUUUGAAUAUGAAUAACUAUUGUAAACUAUGAUAUUUUGACUUUGUUUCCAGGCUUUUAUUAUAUAAAUUUUCUAUUUGGUCAAUGAUUUGGAUCAUAUUCUUCAUAAUUUAAUGAACGUAUAAUAUUUUCUGAAUAUUUGUGCUUUAGAUGGAGCGGAAUGAUUUGAACUUUCACGUAAUGCUCAAUAGUUCUGUAAUUAAAGCAUGUAGGGGUUGCAGGUAUAAAACAUCAAAUCUU